CAGCAACAACCAUCCGCGAUCGCCUGACGAGCUCAUCUCUCAUCGACCCCAUCGGCACAAGCAACCAUGUCGAUGCUUAGGACAGUGAAACCGAAAAACGCGCGCGUCAAGCGUGCGCUCGAGGCGCGCGAGCCCAAGCUCGUGGAGAACGAGAAGACGGCGAUCUUCGUGCGCGGCCAGAACACGAGCGACCGCGUGCGCGGCGUGAUGGGCGACCUUUACGCUCUCAAGCGCCCUAAGGCGAUCAACUUCUCGAAGAAGAACGCCAUUCAUCCGUUCGAAGACGCAUCAUCGCUCGAGUUCUUUGCACAGAAGAACGACGCCGCGCUCCUCAUCACGGGCUUGCACUCGAAGAAGCGCCCGCACGAUUUGAUCGUAACGCGCAUGUUCGACGGGCGAGUACUGGAGCACCUCGAGCUGGGUAUCGACGAGUUCACCUCCAUGUCCGACGUGCCCGGCUCCAAGGCGAGUGUGGGCGUGCACCCGCUCAUGGUAUUCCACGGCGACCUGUUCGACACUCACCCGCGCUUCACGCAGCUCAAGUCCCUCCUGCUGGACAUGUACCAGGCGCACCACGACCCCGGAAUCCCGCUCAUGGCGCUUGAGCACGUGAUUUCCGUAACGUGCGGCCCGGCAGCGGGCGACCUGGACGCCGAGGGCGCCGUGCUCCCGAAAGUCCACAUCCGGGUGUACACGCUCAAGCUGCUGGCGUCGGGGAGCCGCGUGCCGCGCGUAGCGCUCACGGAGAUGGGGCCGCGGAUCGACCUGAGCAUCCGGCGCCACGCCGAGGCCGACCCCGAGACGCUCAAGGCCGCGAUGCGCCGCCCCAAGCUCUCCAAGGCCGACCAGACGUCGGGUCUCGGCAAGAAGCGCAAGAACAUCGAGACGGACGACAUGGGCGACAAGGUCGGCCGCAUCCACGUCGGCACCCAGGACCUGAGCAAGCUCCAGAGCCGCAAGAUGAAGAGUCUCAAGAUUGGCCGCAAAGAGCGCAAGCGCGAGGCGGCGGCCGAGGGUGCGGAGGCUAUGGACGAGGACGACGAGUAGGUGUUGUACCAUAUGCAUUAGAGUUGAGUGUG